UACUUUCAACCGUCCCCACUCACAAGUUACAACCCUACUAUAGUCAAGAUGUCAAAUGGUGACAAUGUCACACUCGCCUCUAAUGUCCUCGGUACAAUUGGCACGGUGCUUUGGUGUAUCCAGUUGAUUCCCCAGAUCUGGUUUAACUGGCGAAGAAAAAAGACGGAUGGAUUUCCGGCUGCUAUGAUGUUCCUAUGGGCGAGUUGUUCGGUCCCAAUGGGUGCAUAUCUUAUUCUACAGGACGUGAAUAUUCCGCUACAAAUCCAACCGCAGAUCUUUGGCUUCUUUUCUUUAGUCAGUUGGUGCCAGGUGUUGCAUUACAACAAUAACUAUUCUGCGUUGAAAGCGUCAUUGGUUUGCUUGAGUUGUGCUGCAUUAUUUGGUGGGAUUGAGGCUCUUCUCAUUCUUACUUUGCGGAUUCCAUAUAGAAAAGGUAUCACCUGGCCAGAUAUUGUGGUUGGUGUGGUUGCUACUAUCCUCUUAAGCGGAGGUCUUUUACCUCCAUACUUUGAACUGUGGAAGAGAGAUGGUCGUGUGAUUGGGUUCAAUUGGGUAUUCCUGUCCAUUGACACACUGGGUGGCCUGUUUUCUCUAUUUGCCUUGGCGGCCCAAGGAAGCUUCGAUAUCCUCGGUGGUAUUAUGUAUAUUAUUGUUGUUGUCCUUGAAGGAGGGAUUUAUGUCAGCCAUAUUGUUUGGCGGAUUCGCUACCGCAAGCUUCGCAAAGAAGCAAAGACGAGGGGAAUAAGCAUCGACGAGUUGCUUGAUUUGACAAGAAACGAUACAGUUGAAACUCAAGACACUCGAACAGAUGUGCUAGAUCCAUCGAGGGACAUUGAGAAACAGGAACAGAUCCCACAAUCAUCACCACCGUGA